GUUCCCCGCGCACUGGGAUUCGCAGCGCGCAGAGGCAGCGGGAGAGCAGAAAGGAGCUUCGCCGGAGACGGGCGGAACAGAGCGCCGAGCAGUAGCCAGAGACCCCGGGGCACCAUGUCUGACAGGAAGGCCGUCAUUAAAAAUGCUGACAUGUCUGAGGAGAUGCAGCAGGAUGCAGUGGAAUGUGCCACUCAGGCCCUGGAGAAGUACAACAUUGAGAAAGACAUUGCUGCCUACAUCAAAAAGGAAUUUGACAAAAAGUACAACCCUACUUGGCACUGUAUCGUGGGAAGGAAUUUUGGCAGUUACGUCACUCAUGAGACCAAGCAUUUCAUCUACUUCUACCUGGGACAAGUGGCUAUUCUUCUCUUCAAGUCUGGAUAAGAAGACCAAUUCACAUUCACACAUGAUUCCAAAGUCAAUCAAUUCCAUUCAUCAGACAACAGACUGAUCUGUGGAGCUCAAGCUCUACAGGAAUUCAUUGUCCUUACUGCAAGGACCUGGAAUUUCUGUGCUGCUUUACUUGUUUCUUUACUGGUAGAAAUGUUCAUGUAUCAAAUACUUGUAUUUAUUUUUGUUCAUUUUCUAUACAGCAAAGAAAACAGGCAACUCUAAAUAAAAGUUUUUUUAGAAA